AUGUCGGUAUCUAAAAUUUUCCCCCUAUCUUCAGCGUCAAAUCCUGAGAAUUCCAAUCCACUUUGUAUAGAAAAGAACCAGCAAGUACUUGAUGCUUUCUCACCAUCCCAGAUGACAUGGCAAUCACGAGGCGUGAAUAAGAGAGUACAGCAAAACUUCAAAAGCAAAUUCCAAAUCGAGAUUAGAUUUCUCAUUUCAAAUUCCACUUUCAACUCUCAAGUCUCAACUAUUAUGUCGUUGAAUGCUGAUAAGAUGAUUCCAAGGAUGGAACCAUCAGAUGAGUAUAUAUGGCAAGCAACUGUGAAGCCUCAAAUGCCAAUAUCUAACCUGAGGUUGCUGAUGGACCUUCAAACAAAAGUGAUCCUCAAAAAGGAACAGAAAGGAAACACAUGA